UUCCCCGUCUCCCUCUAACUUGACGCGUUGAAGCGAGACGGGGAAUGCUCCGAUACGACAACGAAGGCCGGCGCCAUUUUAGUGACGGUCGUACCGACGGGACGACAACACGCCGUCAUGGCUCGCCAGUUUAGUUAUGAUAUUAUACAAUUAAUCGAGGGUGUAAGAGACAGACCGGGUAUUUGGGAUAAAACGUGCGAAGAAUACAAGGACAAAGCAGAGAAAAGGGCCGCCUGGGUCGCGGUAUUUCGACUACUAGACGAAUCCUACGACCGUUUGGACAAAGAAGAACAGAGGUUGCUAGGCGAACGUAUCAUAACAAAAUGGACGAACAUUCGAGAUACCUUCGUCAAAUCACUGAAGACGAGAGCAGGGAAGCCGAAGAGAAAAUACGUGCUUCACAAACACUUGAAAUUCCUCCUAAAGGGAACUCCACACGAAAAUGAAACAGAAGAUGACACAGAACAGACAGCAGAGGACUCGUACGCCCCACGGUACAUAAAAACGGAGGAAAGCGAGAGUUCAGAAGACGAAAGCCCAAAUAAGAGAAGAAAGGAGAGCUCAGAAGAUGACAGCUACCAAAAGAAGUGGAAGAAGGAAAGCAGGCAAAAAACGAUAGUGGAGCCGGAGAUUUCUGCAAUAGACGUCUACAAUGAUCCAAGGGUUAUGAACGAGGAUGAAGCAUUUUUUGCAUCUCUGCUUCCGUCCGUUGUUAAUUAUUCUGAGGAUGAGAGGUUAGAGUUUAGGUUGGAAGUGCUGGCCUUAAUGAAACGGAUAAAGGAGAAACGUAGUGAUCCAUUCUAUUGAAAGCAUAUUCAAAGUUAUAGACAUACUGUCAAUACUGUACUCGGCAGUCGGCGAAAGCCGAAACGUGAUGUAGCGGCUACGAAUAAUAAAAACUAUGUAGCGGUCAUUGACUCCCUGUUAAAAAACUUGUCAUUUUUGCGAUUGACAAUAGACUAGGAACAUCUGUCACUUC